AUGGAUUUCAACGACCUGAAGUCCACUGUGUCGAACCUGACCUUGUAUGAUCUCAAGGCCGGGUUCCGUAAGGCGCAGAACGCUGUCAUGAACUAUACGGAAAUGGAGUCAAAGGUCCGCGAGGCAACUAAUAACGAGCCGUGGGGUGCAUCGUCGACAACGAUGCAAGAAAUCGCCCAGGCUACAUUCAGCUACCAAACGCUCAACGAGAUUAUGCCCAUGAUAUACCGCCGUUUCACCGAAAAGUCCGCCGAGGAGUGGCGCCAGAUUUACAAGGCGUUGCAGCUGCUGGAAUUCCUGAUCAAGCAUGGUUCUGAACGAGUAAUAGAUGACGCCCGAGGACACAUUACACUGCUCAAGAUGCUGCGCCAGUUUCACUUCAUCGACCAAAACGGCAAAGAUCAGGGUCUCAAUGUGCGAAACCGAGCCAAGGAACUGGCCGAACUCCUAGGCGAUGUCGAACGUAUCAGAACUGAACGUAAGAAGGCUCGUGCGACCAAGAGCAAAUAUACCGGUGUCGAAGGCGGUACAUCGUUUGGGGGGGGCUUCUCUGGUGGCAGCCGCUACGGCGGUUUCGGGCCCGAGUCCUCGGGAGGCGGCCCUGCUUCCUAUGGUGGAUACUCUGGCGGUGUUUAUGGCGACGGUGGUGGAUUUGGUGGUCAAUCCAGUGAUUACCAAGAAGGUGGCGGUGCCGGCCGAUCAGACCGAUUCGAAGAAUACGACGAAUUUGAUGAGGGCGACAAGACAGCGGCCAGCUCGACCCGAAGAGCCAGAACCGAACGCGCGGGAACGAAGAAGACCACCCCCGAGCCCGCCAAGCCCAAGGAGCCCGAGGUCGAUCUGUUUUCUUUCGACGAGCCGGUCACAACCUCAAGCGUAUCCGCCCCCGCCGCUCGCUCGGGACUUGCUGAUCUGGCUGGCCCCAGCAGCACCGCAGCUGCCGCGAACGACGACGACGAUGAGUUUGACGACUUUCAAUCGGCUACGCCUUCGGCACAAUCGGCCACCGUACCAUCUGCUUUUGGCAAGCCACUGGCCGCUUCCGCCGCAGCGGCACCCACACAGACUGCCUCCUCCCAAGCAUUCGCCGCUCUUACACCGCUGGCGAGCACAUCAGCCACCCCUAGCAUCAACUACAAUGCCUUCGCUGCACCUGCACAGGCCGCUAAGCCCGCCGCCUCAGGACCGAACUACUUUGGCGGCGUCCAGUCCCUCGGCAGUACCCAAGUCAGCACGCCUAACACCACAACGAACUCUGGGCCUUCGACCAUGGCCAACACGCGACCGGUCCAGGGAAACAGCAAGCCGGCGACCCCUGCGGGCGGUGGCGAUGCCUUUGGCGCUCUGUGGGGCAAAGCUAGCGCCGGCAUCAAGAAAACGAGCACGUCGACGUCUGGCCCUGCUCUGGGCCAAUUGGCCAAGGAGAAGAGUAAUGCCAACAUUUGGGGCUCCUCGGCGUCCAACUCUCAGACGCUGGGUGGCUCCGGAGCUGGAGCUGGCGGUGGCUCAGCUUCCGGCGAUCUGCUCGGCUAG